CGACCUUCGUCGUGGAAGGAUUUUGCGCGGAACUCUCUGCUUGUCGAUCCGUUGGUUGCCGUACACUGUCAUUCGUGCGAUCGUUGUUCUCGGUCAUCGCGGGUCCAUCGAGGUGACGUACGUCGAUCAGAGACACGUCGCGAGUCAGUGUCGUACACAAGCGUGAUCGAGUUUUUUUUCUUUCUUUCGUUAUCGGGUCAGUGCCAAGAUACGCCAUUACGCGAGUUCCACGCCGGCGGCGGUGACGCGCGUCGCCAGGUACCAUCGUCGGUGGAUGCUGCUCGUGGCUGCUGUGCGAGAUCUCAAAAAUCGCCAGAUCGAAUAGCCGCCGUGUGGAGUAGAAAGUUUCGAGGACUUUGAAAUAGACAUGUGCGUCAAGGAUCAAUUGGACCUUGUUCGCCAAUGACAUAGGCAACGGCAACCAGGUGACAACGAGGACUGUGACGCACGCAGCCCAACAAUCGACUGAAAAUGGCCAAAAGCGCUGAGAGAUUACCCGGUACUUCUACCAGACUUAGGACCAGGGAUGACGGCUGCUGUUCCGUGAAUUUCUUGAAAUACGUUCUUCACAUUUACAACGUGGUGCUGUUUCUGUCCGGACUGGUGGUAGGUGGCAUCGGUAUCUGGACGGUGGCAGCGAAGCACAGCUACGUGUCACUGAUGUCCACGUCGACGUAUCCUACUUUGGCCUACGCCUUGAUCGUCGCAGGUGUACUGGCUGUCAUCGGUAGCUGGCUCGGAUGCGGCGGCGUAACUUCUGAAAAUCGAUGUGUCCUCCUCGUGUACGUCUUCGUGGUGAUGGCAGUACUCGUUCUGGAAGCUGGAGUCGGUGCACUGGCGCGUCUGUAUGAGGAACAAGUUGGCCCCGAAUUGAAGAUGAAUUUAAAUCGCACUUUCCUCGAGAACUAUGCUGUGCGAUCCCGGGAAACCGCGGCCAUCGACCAGAUGCAGAAAGAAUUCAAAUGCUGCGGUGCCUUGAGAUUCGAGGACUGGCUCGUGAGCGAGUGGCAUAAGGAUGAGGAGGUCCUCAAGAACGGCAGCGUCGUACCUGACAGCUGCUGCAAGACGCCGACGUUACUUUGCGGGAAAAGGGAUCAUCCCUCCAAUAUUCAGUACACGGGCUGCAUUUACAAGUUCCUGGAAACGACGAAGGACCACCUGAUAAUCCUGGGCGCUGUCGGGCUCGGUCUGUCUGUCCUCGAGCUCUUCGGCAUCGUUCUCGGUUCCUGCCUCUAUAUAAAGCUCAGGCACGACUUUGACGACUGAGAAUUGCUUCAAUGCCCCGAGGGCAACAACAACGGCCAGUCGUGGUGCAGAUACAUGCAGAACAAUCCGGAGACCGUUUGAUCGUCGGAGUAGGGGCAGGAGGACGCGCGAUUACAGCCGCGGGAUCGUACGGAUGAAAGGGAAUCAUCCUCAACCGCGGACUCUCGUUCGCCACUCCCUUCCCCUAACGCGUUCAGAAAGGUAUCAACAAGUGAAAAUAGAGGUAACGAUAAAGAAACGGCGCCGUCUUCGUCGAUUGUUACCUCGCUUCCCGCGAACUUUACGCAAAUUACGUGAUUACGGACAAUCAAAGAGGGAAGCGAAAGUUCAAAGGUAAAAACGCAUAAAUUGUAAAAAUCGUUCCGGCGUCUCGGGAUCUGAAGGCAAAAGGUGCUUCUGAUCGUUCAACACUUGUGCAACAGAGUUGGAUUUAAGACUCGUCUGCAUUACCAACGAUAUUAAAUAUAUCCUUUCAAAGACGGUGCUAUUACAAAGAAAUGAGAGAAAAAAACUGAAACGUAUCACGAAGAUUGCUUCUGAAAUCGAUCGGCUUUGUUCGUGCCUUCGUAAUGAUUUAUUUCGCAAUGGUACCGUCUUUAUUGUAUCGUUUCAGAAUUUUCACAAGCUCGCAGCAAUGCCAACAGGUUUUAAAUCCGGCUUUAGUGCCUUUUCAAACGGCGUUCCCACGCAAGAAAUUACGAAGAUAUGAACACACUUUUAAUAAACAAGCGUGCGUGGGCGCAUUUGCAGGACCAGUAUAAUUAUCUCGAGUAUGUAUCUAAAGGCCUUUCGCGAUCGGCGCAGCCGAUUGGUUGCGCGCCUCACGACUAGCCGAAACUGUAGUUCUCGCUGUCAGUGGUGUUUGAAUAUUUUCUGUGGUAUUUUCUCCUGAAUAAAAACGAGCCUGGAUCCUUUUUUAUAGUGCAUCGUCAGCCCGUUGACGUUAAUUAGCCAGAUAGCCGAAUUUGCCAAGAGAUCGAUGUAUUGCAAACUGUGUAUUGCAGUAGAACACCAGCAACCACACGGUGUCGAGAUAGUUUAUUAUUUUCCUAAUAUCGGUAGAAAUGUAUCGAACGAGCAGAUCUUGCAUCAAACAAGCUUAGUUGUCGUUAU